UUUUUACGUUCGAAUGUCAAUCGUACAUGGCAAGACUGUACUAGUGAACUGUCAAACCAAGUGUCUCUUCUUUUCUGUCAACCAUUGAGUUAGACAGGUUAUCAAAAUGGCCAAACGCACGAAGAAGGUCGGAAUCACUGGUAAAUAUGGCACACGUUACGGUGCCUCUCUCCGUAAGAUGGUCAAGAAAAUGGAAGUCACCCAGCACGCCAAAUACACUUGCUCGUUCUGUGGAAAGGAUGCCAUGAAACGUUCCUGUGUCGGCAUCUGGUCAUGCAAGCGUUGCAAGAGGACCGUAGCUGGUGGCGCCUGGGUGUUCUCCACAACCGCAGCUUCCUCCUGCAGGUCUGCUGUCAGAAGAUUGCGUGAAGUCAAGUAAACGUCUGACAUUAGCUUAAGAUAAUAAACAAAAACACCAA